AUGAACGUUCAACUGGUCAGCAAUUGGGCCCAUGCGGUGCAGACUUUUGCAGUUGCUUCUCUAUUCGUUGCACUUGUUGCGCUGAUCCUAAACAUUGAGCGCCGAUUGAAGCUUUGGAAGAUACCAAAGUUUGUUGCUUUCACCAAUGGCGUACCAGAACAUAACUUUUUUGCACAAUAUGCUACGCAGCUGUAUCAUCAGGCCUACAAAAAGUUCAAAGACUCAAUAUAUCGCGUUGCAGUAAAUGGCGAACCUGAGUGCAUAUUAUUGCCUACGAAGCUCCUACCAGAGCUGAAAAAACAUCCCGACGAUGUUCUGAACGUUAUGGAAGCCGGAAAUAAAACUCUUGAUCUUAACAUGAUUCACUGCAUAAAAGCUAGUCUUACACCCGCACUAGGACGCCUGAAUCACGACAUUACCGAGGAAAUUAGUAUCGCCUUUGAGAAAGAGAUACCACCUUGCAAAGACUGGACCAACGUGAAUGUUCACGAUAAAAUAGCUAACAUUGUAGCUGAGGUAUCUAGGCGUAUGUUUGUAGGACCUGAAAUAUGUCGAAAUCCAGAGUACCUCGAUCACGCGGUCAACUUCACCACCGACUUGAAUGAUGCAGUUUUUGCAAUCAAGCGCUGCAACUCCUGGCUUCGACCCUUUAUGGAAUCGCGUCUUCCCGAAAUGAAACGCUUCAACGACAGAAUCCGGCGCGCAACAGAGUUUUUCACGCCCAUUAUCCUCUCAAGAAUGAAACCUGAGAACAAGUCCGACGAUAUGAUGCAGUGGAUGUUGGACUAUAGUAUGAGCACUGGCAAAGGGAACACUAUGCAUGAACAUGUAAGGCGUCAGUUAGAUGUCACUUUCGCGGCUAUUCAUACAACCACUACGACGGUUAUAAACUGCCUGUAUACUCUCGCCAGCAUGCCCGAAUAUAUCGCGCCACUCCAGGAGGAGGUUCGCUCUGUACGAGCAGCUCACGGUGGAGAGUUGAGUGCCCCAGCUCUGCAACAUCUCGUCAAGCUCGACUCUGUCUUGAAGGAAAUCGGUCGCAUGUUCCCUACAACCGUUAGAAGCGAGGCAGCGCAGUCGCAAUUUGUCUCUUCUAACAUCCGGGAUUUGUACUUUGGAUACGGCAAACAUGCUUGCCCGGGACGCUUUUUUGCCGCAAACGAAAUCAAGAUUAUCAUGGCACAGCUGCUUUUGGAUUACGAGUUCAAGAUGCCUGACUAUCAGAUAAAGCGGUACGACCAGAUCACCUAUGCCAAGUUUAUCACGCCGGAUGCGUCGAAGACGUUGCUCAUGAAGCGUAUAUACUAG